UAUUUCCACCUGGAAAAAGUCCCAAAAAUCUAAGAGAAAUAGAUGUGCAUAAUAUAUCAUAUGGAGUUUAUACAGAAAAUAUUGUGGAUAAAAAUUUUGCCAGAAGUGAUAUUAUUGUAGACCAGUUUGACCAUAUCGACGGAUUGAAUGCCAAAAUAGUACAAAUGCAAUUAUUUACAGAGGAAAUACGUGAUUUGGUUACUGAUAAUGAAAGUGCUAAAUUUGAUUUAUUAUUAUUAGAAAUGUGUGCAAGAGCAUCUCUGAUAUACUCGUAUCUAUUUGAUGCCCCGGUGAUACAAAUAAGUUCUUUUGGAAUGUGGACUGAUAUUGAUAAAACCAUAGGAGCACCCACACAUCCACUGCUUUUUCCAAAUUUAUUCCACCAGAAAUUAUAUGAUUUAUCUUUUUGGGAGAAACUGUAUGAAAUAUACAAAGAUUGGAUUAUUAAAUAUAAUUCAUUAAUAUUGGAAUCAAUAGAAAUGAGAGAUGUUCUUAAUUUAUUCGGCAAUCAGAUUCCCAAUUAUGACAUUUUGAGGAAGAAUGUCCAUAUGCUAUCAAUUAAUUCUCAUCCUAUUUGGUACGAUAGCCAACCGCUACCGUUAAACUUAAUUUCGAUGUGGGGAAUACAUAACAAAACUCAGAAGAUUCUUCCACAGUACGAUGUCUUAUGGAAAUGGGACAACGAUAAUUUUCCUAUUUUAUCAGGAAAUAUAAAGAUGUCGAAAUGGUUUCCACAAUCAGAUAUUCUGAGACACCCAAACGUGAAACUGUUUAUAUCACAAGGUGGUCUUCAAUCUAUAGAAGAGGCAGUACAUGCUGGUGUUCCUGUAAUCGGUAUACCAAUGUUUAUCGACCAAUGGUAUAACGUGGAGAAAAUUCGUCACCACAAAAUUGGCAUUAGGCUAGAUAUGGACACGUUGGAUCAACAAAAACUUAAUGAAUCAAUACACACUGUCUUGAACGAUGCCAGAUUUCAGAAUAAUAUUUUACGAUUCCGGUCUUUGCUGUCUGACCAACCUCAUAGUGGCCUGGAUCGAGCUGUUUGGUGGACAGAGUAUGUUUUACAUCACGGCGGAGCGAAACAUCUUGAAGCACCAUCAGCCCAUAUCUCUUGGGUUGAGUAUUAUGAUGUUCAACUAAUAUCAACAUUAAUACGUGUUUCUGUUUCUUUUAUUGUUAUUAUUUAUUGUUUUAUUGCAAAGAAUUUUAGUUUUAUGUUAUUUAGUGAUUAAUGCCACACCUUGGAAAUAAAGCAUUCGUCUAGAGGCUCUUUAUGAAACGAAUAUAGUUUUAAUGCAAUUUUAUCUUAUAAAAUGGCCUGAGACUUCUUUGCGCCCAUUUCUAUCAGGUCUAUGGCAAAUGGUUCCGAAUUGUUGUUAGUUUUUACUUUCAAGCUAUGACGUAAUUGAAUAAAACUAUUCAUCUUGUAACAUCAAGAUGAUUUUUUAUGGGAUAUCCCUUG